CGACGACUGCCUUGAGACGGGGCCUGGGACUUUCAUCGAGGUAUUUAAGCGCUUCAUCCUCUUCAGAGAUCACCGAUUACCACAAUACAACAGACGCACAACGCCUUGCAACUGCCAGGGACGGUGAAAAUCAUCAUCCACUGACACCACGAAACCUUGCAACGAUACAAAGACUCAAGACCAACAUACACGCACAAGCACAAGUCUCGACAUACAUACAACCCCUUACCAGCGGCCAUUACGGUUCGACCAAGUCUACAGUGAAGCCAUGGCCAAACUCAUCCUGUACCUGUUCAUGCAAUACUACGCCAUCCUCUUUGUCGAAUCCAUCGUAUCCGCCUACUGUUCGCCCAACAACGCCAAAGGUUACGUUCUCCUCUGCAAAUUCUCGAGCUACCUGUCAUCCGUGCAUGCCAGUACCACCUCCUCUGUCAUCUCUUCAUUGACGUUGUUGUGUGCGACUCUUGUCUUCCGCUUCGUGACUAGUGGUCUCUCAUUGUCCGCGUAUCUAGACGCUCACGUAACCAGAGCUGAGGACGACAGUCCGACUACAACCAUGGGUACAAUUUCGAGCGAUGAUGACACCCACUCAUUACUGGGACUACCUGGGUCCUUUUCGCGAGCUCUCAAAAGCAGUGCAACAUCGUCAAGAUUUUUGUCCGUCCCCUCGACUGAUGUUCACGUAUCACCGUUGCCUACCAACACAAUCGAGGGCUACGCGUCUGAAGAUUUUGCAGGUCCCGCUGGCACCAACAUACGAUAUACACGAGUCCGAUUUACCAUGCCCUUGGUGCCUUUUAUCCGAAUCCACCACGUAGAAAUCGGAGACUGUCCGAGCAGAGGCACCAUCGGAUAUGGAAAUGGAAGUGAUCACCAACAUGACGACCGAACCAAGUCGACUCAUGGUCCAAAGUCGAAUGACACGACAGAAUGCGCGGGUCGCAAGCAGUCGAGUACCGGAUCGUCACCAUUCACAACGGCAACCGGCUCUGGUUCAGGGUUUGGUCGGGGCGACGACGAUGACGACGAUGACAAGAAUCGAAAGAGAGGUCACCACGGACACCAUGACACAGCAGGUGCUUCUUCUUCUUCUACUUCUACUUCUUCUCAAACUUCAGACUCGGACCCUGAAUCGGACACGGACACAAACUCGGGCUCCAUCUCUGGUACAGACACUAGACGAGGAGGUAUUCGUCAACGUCGACGUCGACGUCUCCGUCUCCGUCCUCACCCUGCAUUCGGUACGGGCUCGACCACUCCCCUCACGUUCGACCUGACCACCGACCCGGGAUACAUGAUCCAAGACCAAGUCGACGAUGCUGAUGUCGAUACCGACACGGACGGUUCGGAGUUUCGAAACAGUGAUGGCGACAGCGAUGGUGGUGGCGACCAUGGAGGUGAACGAGGUCAAGAUCAUCUACGGCGACAAGACUUGACACACCGUUGGCAAGAUCAUCGAGGUCGACGAUUGGCUUGGGAUUGGACCGCCAUGCCUCAGAAUUGAACCCGUGGCUCUCGUCGAAACUGUCGAGUGGGGACAAACCCCUGAAGGGCGUGGACGGACGUUGUCAUUAUCGUGGUGUCGGAUGACGAAUACUGGUGUCCGGGACGAAUCGAGAAACGAGUGACGGCAAACGGUUGAGCAAAACAGCGAACACUGUUCGUGGGCAGUCAUGGGACCAGAAUGACAUCGAGUAUGGGUUCGAAUGGUGUUGUUUCGUUGUGAGAAAAAUCAGGGUACCAAGGCAGAAAACACUCUUUCGGCUACAGCGAUAUCGACGUUGGAAACCGUUGGGUCAGGCACAUCGUGUCAAGCUUUCCUAGUUUUACAGCAUGUUUUUAUCGAUAGACCAAUAGACAAUACAACAAUUUUCCUG